AGUGAGACCUCCCGUCAGCGCUUUACUACUCUUUGGUAACACGCAUGCUACUUGACGUUAGCAUAGCAGCUAAAGGAGAAUAAAGCAUUAAAAUGAUGGAGUAAAGCAGAAUAUUUGCAGUUCUUUUUUACCUAUGCAUUAACAAGACACUAAGUCCUAUCUGGUGACGUUAGUUCAGCUCUCUAACAACCCUUUUAGUCUGUAUUAUUCACAGUUUGGAUAGCUAAGUGAGGUUAAAGUUAGCCAUGUUUACAGAGCUCAACAGCAUCCUGAACACCUCUCCUGACAGCUUCACUCAGGGGGAGUGUGUCCUGCUGUCAGACAGACACAGUGAUGCCUCUUUCCUCAUUCACCACUUCCUGUCUUUGUACCUAAGAGCACGCUGCAGAGUGAUGUUCCUGGGUUUGGUGCAGUCCUUCAACCAUUACAGUGCAAUCAGUCAGAGGCUGGGUGUAAGCCUGACACAGGCUAAGGAAAAGGGUCAACUGGUUUUCCUAGAGGGACUGAAGGAGUCGCUGUCUGUUUUGAUUCCUCAAGAAGCUGAGACAGGAAGUCAAGCCAUGGACUUCCUCAGGGAUCCUGCCGUUGGCCUGAAGAGUCUCUACGAGUUUGUCCGGUCCAGUGCGAUCAGUUCCGGCGGCGGUGAAGAGGAGGCGGACGGGGCCGAGGAGUGGGGACCCGCGGUGUUGCUGGUGGAUGACCUCAGUGUGCUUCUGAGUCUGGGGGUGAGCGUUGAAUCCGUUCUCGACUUCAGCCACUACUGCCGAGCCACCGUCUGCUCCCAGCUACAGGGCAAUGUGGUGAUGCUGACACGCUGUGAUGGGGUAGAAGAGGAGGACGACGGAGAUGACGAAGGCUUAGAGAGACUUCUGAAGGGCCUCACCCACCAGUGUAGCCUCAGUCUUCAUGUACAGGGUCUCCCCACUGGCUACUGCAGGGACAUACACGGGCAGGUGGAAGUGUGCUGGAGGAGGAGACAAGGCGACGGGCAGUACACACAGAAGAAACUCUUUCAGUACAAGGUCAAUGAUAAAGGAGCCUCCUUCUUCGCUCCCGGGACGUCCAGCGCCGUUCUCUAGUUCCACCGUUCACCGUCCUUGUUUGCCUUUUUGUCUCUUUGACUGUUAUAUAUUUACACAACACCAGACGACACACGUUGGGUGUUUAUCUGCCAAAGUAGUUUGUGAACCGGACAAAUUCACCAACCAUAGAGAGUUACGUUUGGAUGCUCGCCAGUGUCAACGACCCGGACUGGACCCCAGACUGGGCCCCAGCCUGUCUGGAGGAAGGACGCCGUAUUCCUGCCAGCUGAUAGCCUGCUUUCAAACCUCUGAAUCGCUGCCCACUUCUCUUACUUUGUUUUUUUCUUUCAGCUAUUCAAAUAAGUGAAGUGCAAACAAAGUGACAAAUGAGUUUAAUUAUUGGGCUGGUUUGCUGCAGACUCAUGCCAUUGUCAAUAAUUGGUUAAUAGUUGAGUCAAUGUUUUGUGUGCGGACAUGCAUGAAUGAGA